GUUCGUUCGUAUUAGCUGUUGAUUUAUUUACGAAGCUAUGGAUUCAAACCAUGAUGAGUUUUGUUUACCAAAUAAAAUUUACGAUGAUGUUUUGAAGGAUAUCCUUAAACAUAAUCUAAAUAAAUCUACUGAUAACUAUGAAUUGGUUUUCAGCGCUGGAUCUGCCAAGGGAGACAAUUAUAUGGGAGUAAUCCACAGAGUUCAAGUAAUCGAUAAAGCAACUGGAGAAAAUAAACUCAAUUUAAUCGUCAAGUUACCGCCACAAAGCCUUGCAAGAAGAAAUGAAAUGUCCACAAGUGAUUUAUUCAGACGUGAAGCUGAUUUUUAUGACAACGUUUAUCCAAUGUACAAGAAGUUUCAAGAAGAGAAAGGAAUUGAUGUAGAAAAGGAUGGAUUCCAUCACAUUCCGUAUUGCUAUAAAACUUUAAUUGAGGAACCUUAUGAAGGACUUUAUUUUGAAGAUCUUAAUGCUAGUGGAUUUGAAAUGUUUGAUCGUUUAAAGGAAGUUACAAAAGAGCAUGUAUUUCUUGUCAUGAAAUCUCUUGCUAAAAUGCAUGCUGUAUUUUACAGUAUCAAGGAUCAAAAACGUGAAUUAAUUGAGCCCCAUACAAAAAUUAAAGACAUUUUCCUAACUUUAAGUGACAGACCAAAUUCUCCAAUGACUCCAUGGUUUGAUUCUCUUAAGAAGCAAGCUUUAGAAGUUAUAAAUAAAAGUCAAAAUAAGGACAUGAUUCAAAAGAUUGAAAAUUUGUUGGAGAACAAUUUCAGUGAAUUAUUAAAAAAUUGUUUGGAUCUUGAAAAGACCGAACCAUAUGCAGUAUUAUGUCAUGGUGAUUGUUGGAACAACAAUGUGCUGUUUAAGUAUGAUAAGAAUCGAGCUUUAAAGUCUCUACGUCUUUUGGAUUUUCAAAUUAUGCGCUAUAGCUCUCCAUGCCUUGAUCUAAUGUAUUACAUUUUCUGUUGCACAACAAAAUCUUUACGGGAUAAGCACUAUCAAGACUUUUUGAAUGUUUACUACGUUGAACUAUGUGAUUUUAUUCAAAGGCUCGGAUCAGAUCCUAAUAAGCUCUUCCCGCACGAAGCAUUCCUAAAACACUUAAAACAAUUCGGAAAAUUUGGAUUCAUCAUGGCUAUGAUUGUUCUUCCGAUUUUCACAAGUGAUGCUAGCGACAUUCCAGACAUGGAUGAACUUGCUGAAAACUUUAAGAAAAUUGGUGAUUCAGAGCAAGUAGACAAAGAUGUUUUUAACUUUACAACAGAAAAAACAUUUGAUAGAUAUGCAGAGAGGAUGAUUGGAGUGUGCGAUGAUAUGUAUGCAUUAGGGUACAUAUAGAUAGUUUAUUUUAUAUGACAAAGUUGUGGGCUUUUUGGUAUUUUUAUAUUUUUUAAGUGAUAAGUUUGAAUUAAUCAUCCUCUUACUCACCCCUGCAUGUUUAUCAUAUCUCUUUUAAAAAUGAAUAAAGAAUCUUUACAAUUUGUUUGACAUAACAGAG